UAGUAAUUUACUUCCUCUCAAUUAUAUAGCUAAAGUAUUAUAGUUGCCGCACACUGAGUGAACACAGAGUGUAUAUUUUUUACAGGUCACCGUUAAUACAGGACUAAACUAAGCUCUACUAUGGGAAAGCUACUCGUCACCAUGUGUAUUGUUGUGCUUGGCUUUUUGUAUACGGCACAGGCGUUGGACUGCUAUACUUGUAGUGACGCAGGCUCUUCUACGUCAUGUCGGGAUGACCCUACUUCAGCUAGCGUAGAAACUUGUGGAUUGUUUUAUGUUGAUGCACGUUGUCAGGAAGUGCGAACUGAUGGCGUGGCAAAAUUGUUUGUGCGUGGGUGCACCUCCAGUGCUCUGUGUGUCGAAGGAUGCGCGAGUGAAGGCGACAACGAAGUUUGUCUGGAAUGUUGUUCCUCCGACCUGUGCAACACAGGAAACUAUGGAAACACACUGCAACAAAGUUUCAUACUACUGAUCGCCGCCAUUUUGUAUACCUUUGCGACAACAGCGAAAUAGAGCUACUGGCACAAACGACUUGAAUCCUGGACUAUGCCGCACGUAAACAAUAUGUAUUUUUAAUUGCAUGUAUCGCUAGAAAAUGUGUUAUAAAAAAACUUCCGAAGUCAUCGCCACUGUCGGGCGCUAUCUACAUGUAAUAUGAAUAAACAGUGACAUUCUUUCAUUAA